AUGACUGGUAUCAAUGCGCGCUUGAGAGCUACGAACGAGAGCGAGAAUGGCCAUGUCUUUGUGGUUGAAUGGGAAGGUGCUCAUGAUCCACUCAAGCCGCACAACUGGUCUACAGCCAAAAGGAUGUGGGCAACUGUUGUCGUGUCUCUUGUGGCUGUUGCGGGUACAGCGGCUUCGUCUAUCGAUGCUGCCGUGCUGCCUCAGUAUGCCGAGUACUUCCACGUCAGCGAAGUUGCUGGGUCACUUGCGACUGCAAUGUAUUUGAUCGGUUUCGCCGUUGGUUCGCAAUUCGCUGGCCCGUUUUCGGAGACUUUUGGAAGAAACAUCAUCUACAUAGUGACUAUGGUCAUCUAUAUGCUUUUCUUACUUGGCUGUGCGCUGGCUCCUAACUUUGGUGGACACAUCACCAUGCGCUUCUUCGCAGGGUUGUUCGGCUCAACACCUUUAACAGUCGCUGGUGGCACUAUUGCCGAUCUCUGGAACCCGCUCGAGAAGACCUUUGGAUUCCCGGUCUAUGCUUUUAUUGGUUUCAGUGGACCUCUUUUUGGACCAGUCAUUGGCUCUUACAUCGGCCCCAGUGGUAUGAGUUGGCGUUGGUGCGAGUGGCUCAUGUUGAUACUUGGUGGCAUCAUCACUGCUAUCAUUAUUGUUGGUCAGCCAGAGACAUAUGGACCUCUUUUACUUUCCUGGAAAGCUCAACACCUCCGUAAAGAGACAGGCGAUGACCGCUACAGAUCUCCCUUGGAGGUGCGCCGUACUUCCCUAUGGACUCGCCUGAAGAUUGCUCUCUACAGACCUUUCGCCAUGAUCUGGACAGAGCCUAUCAUCUUGCUCAUGUCAUUGUACCUCACAGUCAUCUACAUUGUGCUAUUCACCUUUUUCAUCGGUUUUGAAUUUGUCUUUACACAAACCUAUGGUAUUUCUCAAGGCAUCACCAAUAUCAUCUGGGUGGCGGUCUUUGUCGGAUUCUUCCCUCUCUUUGGUACAUUACCUCUCAUCUACUCUUGGACAGUCAAGGACAUCAAAGCGCAAGAAGCGGCUGGUGUUGAGAACCCUGCUCCCACGCCCGAGUCUCGUCUCUGGUUUGCCAUGAUCGGUGGUGCAUUUGCUGUGCCGGUCUCUCUCUUCUGGAUGGGCUGGACUGAUUAUGAAAACAUCUCGAUCUGGUCUCCCAUCGUCGCCUCAGUCUUGUUCGGAUACGGUGUCAUCACCAUCUUCAUCUCGGCUUACAUGUACAUCAUUGACUCGUAUGCCAUAUACGCUGCGAGCGCAUUGUCGUUCGUCACCUUCACCCGCUACCUUGCAGCUGGCGGUAUGACCGUGGUAGGUGUGCCAUGGUAUACCAACAUGGGUGUCCACUACACACUCACUAUCCUUGCGUGUAUCAGUGCACUUAUGGUGCCUGUGCCAUAUGUUUUCUACAUUUAUGGCGCAAGAAUCAGAACUAAGAGCGCUUAUGCUGUGCACAAAGCUUGA